AUGUCUACAAUAUCAAACUUUCCUGUUUCUGCCUCUCCUCAUAACAGUUUGAACAGCUGUAAGGGGAUCAUUCGAGACAGAAGUCAAUACCUUGGUGACCUAACCGUGGAAGAAAUCGGUGAGGAACUUUCAAGCCAAGGUGUAACUGAUGGUUUUAGAUUUCAGAUUAAAAAGAAUGGAAAUAUAAUUAAAUUAAAUACAUACCUUUUGACCUUUAGAACUCCAACUCCUCCUCCAUCUAUUACUUUAGGCUGCUUCGGAAUCAGAGUUGACAUGUUUAUCCCUAACCCAAUUCGAUGCUUUACUUGUCAAAAGUUUGGUCAUGGAAGCAAACAAUGUCGUGGUAAGCAGAGAUACUUCAAGUGUUCUGACGAAGGACACGAGGGAACAAACUGUCACUCUGAAUCUUCUAAAUGUGUAAACUGUGGUGAAUCCCAUUUUUCAUCGUCUAGGGACUGCCCUGUUUACCUUAAAGAAAAAAAUAUUAUUAAAAUUAAAACAGAAAGAAACAUCAGUUACCCAGAAGCUAAACAGAUAGCUUCUGUUUCGAAUGAUCCCUUUGUUUCAAACAAACCAGCAAAUGAAUCUGUCUGGGAUCUUCCCAGUGACAUAGAUGGUUCUUCCACCUCAAAUAGUCCUUCUUCAUCUGCAUCCAAGAAGUUGUCUUCUUCGUCCAGUACAAAGUCUAAUAGAGCCCCAUCUCCUCUUCGUUCUCCAGAAAAGGAGGAUAUCCAAAAGAAGCCAGUAAACACAUCCUCUCAGAAGUCUUCUGAUUCGAGGUCGCGGGGUAGGGGUCGAGGCGGAGUAAAACCAGCUGCGUGUGGUCCUGGAGAUCGACGACUCUCCUCGCACAACAGAUUUUCUACACUUGUCGACGAAACUGAAAUGGAAAUCGAAAGUGUUUCGCCACCCGAAAGAUCAAGAUCUCAGGGUGAACGAAAUAAGAAUGCUGGCAAACUCGACAGCAUUCGCCCUUCUUUUAUUAAAUAA